CUAGCAAAGAACAAGAAAAAUACUCAAUUUCAUCACCUCAUAAUAUCUAAAUCCAAGACUCAUGGCUUUCAGAGACUUGCCAUAUCAUGAUAUUCACCUCCUUUUACUGAUGGUGUCUUGUUUCCUUGGCAUUGCUGCAGCCACUGACAUCAUAAGAGCUAAUGAAUCUCUCACCGGCUCUAAAUCUUUGAUUUCUAGUGGAAAGAGAUUCAAACUGAGUUUUUUCAGCCCACAAAAUCACAGCCUCUGGUAUCUCGGUAUCAUGUUCAAUGUCCCGGAGGUGACUGUUGCAUGGGUAGCUAAUAGAAAUAAGCCUCUCAAUGAUUCCUCUGGAACAUUUCAGAUAUCGUCAGAUGGCAAUCUUGUUAUCUUGGAUGGUCAAAAGCAAAUCGUGUGGUCAACAAAUCUUUCGACUUCUGUUGCCAAUCGUUGCGCUGUGCUCUUAGAUACAGGCAAUCUGGUUCUGCAAGAUAACUCCAAUAAUGACAUAUAUGUUUGGGAGAGCUUCCAGCAUGCUUCUGAUGCUUGGUUAGAGAAGAUGAAGAUUUUUACGGAUUGGGGUACGAACGAGAAGAAUAUAUUGACAUCAUGGACAAGUCCAGAUGAUCCCACACCUGGAAGUUUCACCAUGACCAUUGAGCCUUCAAACGUUCCUCAGACGUUUGUUUGGAAGGACGGUGAUCCUUUUUGGCGCAGUGGUCCAUGGAACGGUAUUAUAUUCAAUGGGAUUCCAGACAUGCAGACGGGUGGUGGUUAUGGAGUUAAGGUUGUCAGUGGCUCUCUAGGAACUGCAUAUGAAAUUUUUACCUAUCCGUUUCCAUCUCACUUGUUCCACUUUAUCUUGAACUCUUUUGGGAGUCUUGAGCAGAAGUUCUGGUCUGAUGAGAAGAAAGGGUGGAGCACAGGUUGGUCAUCAACAAGAAACGAGUGCGACAUGUAUGGUAAGUGUGGACCUUUCGGAAGCUGUAAUGCUCAAGACAAGCCAAUAUGUUCCUGUUUUCGGGGCUUCGUCCCAAUAAGCAACAGUGAGUGGGAGGCGGGAAACUGGACUAGUGGAUGCACUAGGAAAACUCACCUCCAAUGUGAACAAGAUGGAUUUGUGAAGCUUGAGGGAUUAAAGCUGCCAGAUCAUUUUCAACUAUUUUCCCUUUCUGAAGGAGAAUGCAGGGACACAUGCUUGACUAAUUGUUCUUGUAUAGCUUAUGCUGUUUCUCCUGGAAUUGGAUGUCUGCACUGGACUCAUAAUUUAACUGAUACUCAGAAAUUUACUCACGGGGGUGAUGGCUUGAACAUUCGAUUGGCACGUUCAGAACUAGACAAGAAGAAGCAAGAGCACAGAACAUUUAUUGCAACAACAGGGGUUUUGGGUUUG